GAUCGCCCCUGCGCGGCCGGUCACGCUUUUGAAUGUUGAGCCGAAGUCUCCGGCGGUGGUAAGUGGCGGUACGCGGGGCUCAGCCGACGGGACAGCACACCUCUCUUCAUAUAUUUUCGCAAACAUUAAAAUGGACGGCAGAUACGUGACAAAUGUAGCCACAUAUUCAGUCAUAUUUUUUUAAAAGUUCUGUCAGGAACGCCGCGCGAACAGCUGGUUGGUUGGUUGUAGCUAGCUGCAAAGCUAGCUCGACAAACCCCUUCCCCACAAGGAGAUUUUUAAUGAACCUUCAUAAUUUCACCUCUUUGAAGUGCAAUUUUCUGGAGCACAAACCAGUUUCAUCUGGACUUUUGGGUCUGUUUCGUUUAAAUCUCUUAAUUUCACGAUGCGACUCUCUGGCACCGGGUUUCUCAGCUGGCUCGCUGCGGUCUUCGAGGAGGAUCACUGGAGAGAGCGGUGCUGAGCUACACUGACACCCCAAUAUUCAAUUUCUCGAUUACUUCCAGUAUUCUACCACCGGCUGCUCCUGCAGUGAUUCAGUAUCAUGGAGGCUGGCAGUGGGGCUGCUGCAGUGGUGGGAAGUGCAGCUCUCGGACUGCUUGGAGCCACAGGAAGUCAUGACAUCUCUGACAGGGGCCUGAGGCCUGGACGGCACCCGGAAGAAGACGAUAUCGUUCCCGAGCUUGCCAGGAGCAUCCACCCCCGAGAGCGACCUGACUGGGAGGAAACCAUCAGCGCAAUGGCACGGAGUGCUGAAAUUCCAGAGCUGAGCUCUGAGCCUCUCAUGCGCUCUUGCAGCAGUACUGCCAGCAUGAAGGUGAAGAACGUCAAAAAGCUCUCAUUCACCAAGGGCCAUUUUCCAAAGUUAGCCGAAUGUGCCCAUUUCCACUAUGAAAACGUUGACUUUGGGACGAUACAGGGACGAAGCUGGAUCGUGAGGCGGAGCUAUGAAGAUUUCCGAGUCCUGGAUAAGCAUCUCCAUCUCUGCAUCUAUGACCGCCGCUUUUCCCAGCUCCCCGAGCUGCCCCGUUUCGACAGCCUGAGGGAGAGAGCAGAGGCAAUUUCCCAGAUGCUGAUGGCUUACCUCUCCCGUCUCUCAGCGAUUGCUGAUAAUAAGAUCAACUGUGGGCCGGCCCUCACAUGGAUGGAGGUUGACAACAAAGGGAAUCACUUGCUGGUGCAUGAGGAGUCAUCCAUAAAUGUUCCAGCUAUCGCAGCGGCCCACGUGAUCAAGCGCUACAUUGCCCAGGCAGCUGAUGAGCUGUCAUUUGAGGUGGGGGAUAUUGUUUCUGUAAUAGACAUGCCACCCAAAGAGGACACCACCUGGUGGAGAGGAAAACAUGGUUUCCAGGUUGGCUUCUUUCCCAGCGAGUGUGUGGAGCUGAUAAACGACAAGGUCCCGCAGUCUGUUACCAACUCAGUGCCAAAGCCAGUGUCUCCCUGCUCUGGUCUGCGGCCGGCCUCCUGGAGUCUGUUCCCACCCUAUUUGGAGAUGGAGAGUGUAAAGCAGGACAGUGCAUGGGCACCCGACCCAUUAAACCCCUACAGGCUGAGCUCAGUGUCCAAGAAACACGGGAAACUGAUCACUUUUCUACGCACAUUCAUGAAGUCCAGGCCGACCAAGCAGAAGCUGAAGCAAAGAGGUAUCCUCAGGGAGAGGGUGUUCGGCUGUGACCUAGGAGAACAUCUCCUCAACUCCAGCCAUGACGUCCCCCAGGUACUCAAGAGCUGCACUGAGUUCAUUGAGAAGCAUGGAGUGGUUGAUGGAAUGUACCGUCUCUCUGGGAUUGCCUCCAACAUUCAGAAACUGCGGCAUGAAUUUGACUCUGAACAGAUCCCAGAUCUGACAAAAGAUGUUUACAUUCAAGACAUACACUGCGUGGGCUCCCUGUGCAAGCUUUACUUUCGAGAGCUUCCCAACCCACUUCUCACCUACCAGCUGUAUGAGAAAUUCUCGGAGGCUGUGUCAGCAGCCACAGAUGAGGAGAGGCUGAUCAAAAUACAUGAUGUCAUUCAGCAGCUGCCGCCUCCGCACUAUAGGACUUUUGAGUUUCUUAUGAGGCAUCUUUCACACUUAGCAACCUUCAGCUAUGUAACAAACAUGCAUACGAAGAAUUUGGCCAUCGUUUGGGCCCCCAACUUACUUAGGUCAAAGCAAAUAGAAUCGGCUUGCUUCAGCGGCACAGCAGCCUUCAUGGAGGUGCGAAUACAGUCGGUUGUGGUGGAGUUCAUCCUCAACCAUGUGGAUGUUCUCUUUAGCCCCAAACUGAGCUCACUUAUACGAGAGGGAACAGGACACAACUCUUUGUCUCGGCCUAAAUCUUUGUUGGUGCCCUCUCCAUCCACAAAGCUGCUAACAUUAGAAGAGGCACAGGCCCGUACCCAGGCCCAGAUCAACUCACCCAUCACUGCAGACAGCAAGUACAUAGAGGUGGGAGAGGGUCCUGCAGCCUUACAGGGAAAAUUCCACACGGUCAUUGAAUUCCCCACUGAGAGGAAAAGACAGCCCAUAAAGUCUAAAAAGUCUCCAGUUGGCAGUUGGCGGUCUUUUUUCAACUUGGGCAAGUCUUCCUCGAUGUCUAAACGAAAACUACACCGCAAUCCCAGUGAACCAAAUGAACUCAAGACCAUGGCAUAUGCUGGAGGAAGAGGAGACACCAGUACUCUUCGGUCUGCCAAAAGUGAGGAGUCUCUCACCUCUUUACAUAACGUUGAAGGAGAGUCUAAGGUGUACAGGCCACGCAGACCUCGUUCCAGCAGUGAUGCUCUCUCUGCUUCCUUCAAUGGUGAUCUACUGGAUAGCAGACAACACUGUAACUCAUAUGACAAUCUGGGCCAUGGGGAGAGUGAUGGGGAUGAUGGACCAAUCUGUGUGCCUGCUCUUAUCUCCCCGCCACGUUCCGCUGAUGAUGUGGACUUGAGCCCUCCUGACAUUGGCAUGGCCUCUUUAGACUUUGACCCCAUGUCUUUCCAGUGUAGCCUUCCUCUGGCAGAGACUUCCAUUUUCUCACUGGACACAGAUGAAAGCAGUCUGAAGAGGAGCCUGGCCAGUGCUAGUGACUCCGAGCCAGUCUCGCCAGUCAGAGCUAAAGUUAUAAGUCAUUCUGUGUCUCCAGACCACAGUCCAGCCUUAAAGGAUAGAAAUAAACUGCCCCCUGCAUCUUUCUCAGAGAAAACUCCAGUUCAAUCUCUUGAGAGCAGUGAGAAGUCAGCUGUUGUGACUCCUCUAAGCGUCUCUGAAUCAGCUCCCUCCAUGAUAAGGAAAGCACCAGAGAGCACUGUGCUCCAGCCCUCUUCCACUCCAUCUCCACUCGACUCUCCUGCAAAAUUGAGCUUUCUGUCAAGAACCACCGAUCUGCCCCUGAGUGAAGCCAUUCAGCAAGAGCUUCUUUCUAAAGCUACUACAUUUGAGAGUAAAGAGAGUAAAGACAUAUCAAGCAUUGAAUGUUCACAGCCACCACAGGUCACCUGUUCUCAAGAGCAGCCAGGAGCCGUAGCUCUGGACUCACCAAAGGGCAAUGUCCCUGUCAGCUCUGUGUCCCUCAUACCUCCCCCUCCCCCACCAAAAAACGCUGCCCGCAUGCUUGCACUAGCUUUAGCAGAAUCUGCUCAGCAGGCCACUAUUCUUUCUCGGAGGCAAUCCUCUGGACCCCCUACACCAGUGUCCCCCAUUAGGCCACAAGGGUUACUGGAGACCAUGGACUGGCCUCCUCCUCCUUCCUUGCCAUCACAGACAUUCUUGGAGGAAACUACAGUAGAAGUGUCAAAGAGGUCUGCUCCUACGUCUUCACCACCCUCCACCCCAGCUGAAAAGUUAACUCGCUCCGUCAGUCUGCACCUCAACACAGGUGAUUGUGGGAAGCCAUCCAGCAUUUCUUGCAAUAACCAGGAUGUUGUCUCACCAGAGACCCCAAGCCAGAGUGCUAUGCUUUCUAGUCAACCUUAUCAAGUUUCCCAAACACAAAAAAGCCCAGAAAGGCAGCAGCCAGCUGUGGGCCAGACACCUGUGAGCACAGACAAAACCACUACCACAAUCACCACACCAUCUAUCAGCAGCAAGGAUACUGUCAUUCAACAACCUAGCUCUGAGUUCCAUAUGACUGAAAUGGUUAUGCCACCAAAACCCACAAAGACGCCAGAUCAACCAGUCGCAAUUCUCCAGCCUCAGCCACAAAUACAGACUCAACCUAAUGCAGCGAUUCGGUCUCAACCUCAAGUUCAGCCUCAUUCUCAGUCACAAGCACAACCUCAGUUUCAGCCCAAAUCGCAGCCCAAUGCUAGAGUUGCACCAACCCCCGCAGCACCUCUUGAUCCUGUGGAAAAACCAUGGGAAGCCAUUAAGCCUGUCCAUCCAAAAGCAGAUAGUGCUCCUCCACACCAUACUCAGGGAGUGAUGCCGCCAACGCCCCCAGUUCGUUCUAUUGAAAGUAAAUUAGCAAUGGCUGCUCUCUGCAACACUGAGGCUGCAAACCCUGCCAACUUUCAUGCCAUAUUAGAAACAUCCAUGAGAGGCUCAGUGGAGGAGACUCCCCCACAGUCUCAUCCACCUCAUCGCAGGGCUUCCACUCAUCAGACAGGUUACAUUUGCCCCUCAAAAGGGGAUGCUGCCCUACUGGAGCCCACCACAGAAGUGUAUUACCAUCAGCGGGUAUCCCCUUCAGGUCAGGCUACGAUGGCAUACCAUUACAGACCAGAGAGUGUUCCACCACACCUUUCUUAUGUGUCAAAAUCAGAGCCACAGAUUUCCUAUAGAGGCCACGGUGAUGGCCGAUACAAUACGAUUGGACCUAGGUCCUACCACCAGUCUAUCAAAUCUCGUGGCCCACUGAGAAGUGAAUACAUUUCUCCAAGCUCACUGCACCACUCCCAUGGCUACAGCCAAGUAGAUGGACCUACUGUGUACCCAACAAUCCGUAGAGUCCACUCCCUACAUGUGCCUCCCACCACCAUCCGCUCAAUGCCAGUCACAAGAACCGAGGUUCCACCAGAUGAUGAGUUAUUUUACUACCAGCGCCCAGUCUACCACUGCAAGUCUCACCAACCACCCUCUCAAGCUGACUACCACGUCACACAACUGCAGCCUUAUUUUGAGAAUGGAAGAGUCCAGUACCGCUACAGCCCCUACUCUGGCUCUCACAUUCUGGAUGCCCCUUUCUAUGAUGUGGACCAUUACGGUACGAUCCGCUUACGGCAUGUCCAUUCCUUCAGCGGUCGGGACAGUGCCCCUCUCCUUCGGACUGGAGCCAAAUCCGGAGGCUACCACUACCUUUCACGGCAUUUCAUUCCUUUAAAGGAGCAUAGCUUCGUAAGCAGAGACAUGCCACCUUACAGUGGUUUAAAAGGGAGUGUUUACUUUGCGUGGGAUCCAGAAGAAGCAGAAAGGCUUCGCGUACAUUCUAUCCGCAGGGAAAGCCGAGCAAGGCAAAAAGUUAAGGGUUCUGUUAUGUCUCAGUAUGACAACAUAGGACCCUACAUGCCAGUGGAUAUAGACAUGUUACACUUGCGGAGCAAAUCAGAUCCUGGCAAAACUGUGUUGAUGGCUACCGAGAGCAAGGAGGCCAAAUAUAAUAUUGUAUCUGGAUCUCAGCAUGCUCCCAGGCACUUGAUCUCUGAUCCAGAUGUCCUGAUGUAUAUGGAAACAGAGAAGCACUGCCAAGGAAAUGGGAUGGGGGACAAAACCACCAAACAAGGCAGCUCCAGGACCUACUCGUCCAUCCAUUCACAUCAAUCGCAACUUCCUCCACGAAGCCUGCAGCACUUACCUGAAGGUGGCCAUCUUGACCCGAAGUUUGAACCAGGGGAAAAGCAACUGAGCAGUAAACACUGGCAGGAACACUCAGAGAGCAGGAGUGCCCAACCUCGUUACGAAAUGUCAGAUUUGGAUCGCCACAUAUGCAGGGUUAAAGCCACUAGCAGCGCCAGUGAAGAUGAACAAGCAGCUCCAGUGAAACCAGCUCCUCCACCCAAGCCAGAGAGAUCUCACAGCGUUAGAGAGCGGCAGCAUUACAACCAGUCCAGUCUUCCUGCACAUCUACCAGACAAUUCAGAUAGAGACCAUAGUGGAUCCUACUCUUAUCAGUCACAGGGGCAAAGACAAAGUGCCAUUACUUUACAGUCACACUAUGACAACCUGGAUGACUACCAUCCAGUACCUCAGUCCCAAACAUCACUAUCAAAUCGAGGUGGUUCCAGCUCCUAUCACAGCCCUGGUUUCUCAACUCCACAUAGUAAUUGCGCAUACUCCACUGCCUUGGGACAGGGCGCCUUCUUACAAGCUGAGCUUUCAGUGCAGAGGCCAGAGACAGAGAUUAAUGCGGAGUAAACAGACAUUUAAUGACAAACCAGAUAAAUUUGAAACAUUAUUGUAGGUGUCAAUUGUAAUUCAUUUGAAGUUUUAACAGCCUCUGCGGGACAGUGGACUGCCUUCUGACUGUUUACAUUCGGUUUCCUUUUCUUUUUUUAUGUACAAAGAAAUGUAAGACUUUUUACUGAACUGAAUGUACCAUAAUUUCAUCAGUUGUUGAAACAUUGUGACGUGGAGAUAUAACUUGUUAUAUACUGUAGAUAUUCUGUGAUAUUGACAAAUGUUACAUGAAUCAUAACCAGACGAGUUAUGUAUAUCUUGGAAGAUGUAUAUCUGGAUAUAAGGGAUUAUUUUUGUUCUGUUUUAUUACUUUGAAAAGGUCUGGGAGUGGAUAUAAAUGAAGUGUAAAGGUUUGCAUUUUAGAAAUGCAUGUAAUCAACAUUUUACAGAACAGUUCUGUGUACCUUGAUAUAUAUAUAUAUAUAUGUAUAGUGUACUUUCUGGAUGUUACAGUAACAGUGGAAGGGAAGCCCUGUUUAAGUCAUCCUACCUUCAUUUUACACUCAGUGUACACAACUAGGUGGUACAUGAAAUUCUUAAUUUUCUGCCUUCAGGUUGGGGGCCCAAAAUGUGCAUUUUUCAUUUUGUCCAAACUGUGCCAUUACUAUUAUAUAUGAUAGGGGUUAAUCACAAGCAACUAGAUUUCUUUCUUCAUUUUAAAACUUGACAAGAUUUGACUGAAUUCUGCUUGGAUGAGUUGUUGGAGGGAUGAACAAUGAAUGCAGAUUGUGAUGGCGUAAGUAUUCAUUAAGAUAUUGGAGAAUGACUGAAGGUGAGAGUGCCAAUGUGAAGUGACUAAGACACAUUUCUCGUCCCACUUUCAGAGAAAUGUGUUAUUGACAGGGAGUUUUUAAUACAUUUAGUGAUUAAAAUAUGUCUCUUGUCUGAUCUUAGACCAGCACCUUACUUACAUCUUUGUAACAAGCUGCAUUACUAAAUUUCACAUAGGUCCAUAAACUUUAUGUAAGGAGAACCACUUGCCUGAAAAUGUCCAUUCAUUUCAUAACACUGAACAAUUUGUGCUUUUGCAAUUAGUACAAUGUACAUUGCCCUCAGAACAAAUCUGUCAGGUGGAGAUAAACCAAUAUUUUAGUUAUUUAAAAGGAGAGUUUAUGAUUAGGGGACCCAUUUUUGUUGCUUUGCGAAGUCAUUGCAUGUUACCGGUCUGUCAGACAGUAAUUAUUAUUGCAUUACGUUGCCUUGAAAAUUUGAGUAUUCAGAUGAGCCCAAGCUCACAAUGGCAUAAUUUGUAUGUUUGUAGUUGAUCCCCUAAUAACAUCUGUUUUUGUGUUUUGCCAAGUCUUAAGAAGUUUCUUUUCAUUUUGCCAGCAUUUUUAUG